GUUAUAUGUCAAUGUUCCUAUCUACAUAUACAUAUCGACCGCGAAACGGCGUGAUGACAUUUUGCGUAAUUGUUGAUCUGGUCGCGAAGCUCCAAAAGUGAUUUAUCAGAAGCGGGCUUCGUUUACACUUCGUUUUUAUCAUAAAAUAUAUAUUACGUACUACGACGUACAGUAAUGCAAAAUGUAUAUGAUAUAAUAUUUAAAACAGUUAUAAGGCUUAAUUAGUUGCUCGUGUGUAUAUGAUAUACAGGAGCGAUGUCGGCGUCGGAAUCAUUAGCGAUUGUGCAGUCAAAAUUUGUCUCAGGCGAGACCGUCGUGACUGCUACAGAAGCGGCGUUGAUACAAGGCUGGAUAAAGUCUUCAAGAUAUGUCGCUCUUGUUAACAAGGGUGCCACUCAUGCUUUGGCGAUUUUCCUUACUUCAAGAACACCUCCACAGGUCUACAGCGACCUUACUCUGGAAGGAAUAUUGCCUAUUGAUCAAGACUUUAAAUGUGGUAUAGACACCGAUGGGAAAGCGCAGGAUGGUCAUGAUGUGUAUAUGAAUAUUACAUCGAGAAAGCUUCGUCUGAUAUUUGAGAUGAAACUCGGAGAGGCAACUAGUUCUUUAGUGUCAGAAAUAUUUCGCGCAAUAGAAGUGUAUCAAACAGCUAAAAGCCCGGCAGCAGAGUUUUUAUGGAUCGAGAAGUUAACGAGGAGUACAAGAAAUUUGGCAACAGCUGGUAAAGACACGCAGGAUCCUGUCGAUCCUCUGCUUCAUCUCGAGAGUCCCGAUUUAGUAGUACCGAGACAAAGUAUUGCAUCCGGUAGAUCCCCAGUAGCUGCAAGAGAGUCGGUGGUGCGGUAUCAGAUGGCCUGUAAAGAGGACGAUUACAUGUAUAGCAAAACAUUUCGUAUACUUACUUGUACGUGGAACGUAAACGGACAGCCCCCAAAUGGCAUCCAACUAGACCCGUGGUUAAGUGCCGACGAAACACCGCCAGACAUAUACGCCAUUGGAUUCCAAGAAUUAGAUUUAAGCAAGGAAGCAUUCCUGUUUCACGAAACACCCAGAGAGGAAGAAUGGAGACAAGUUAUAGUUAAUUCGCUUCAUCCUGGUGGCGUUUAUACUCAAGUUGCUCUUGUCAGAUUAGUGGGCAUAAUGUUGCUAGUGUACGCACUCGAAACUCAUAUACCUUUCAUUGAAAAUGUAUCUACUGACACAGUGGGGACAGGCAUUAUGGGAAAAUUGGGUAACAAGGGUGGUGUUGCAGUAAGUUGUUGCAUACACAAUACGUCCAUUUGCUUCGUUAACGCCCAUUUGGCGGCGCACUGCGAAGAGUUCGAACGACGUAAUCAGGAUUACGCUGAUAUUUGUGCGAGAUUAUCCUUUGCGAAAUACGUGCCGCCUAAAAGCUUUAAAGAUCACGACCAGAUUUAUUGGUUGGGGGACUUAAAUUAUCGGAUAACGGAUAUGGAUGCUACGUUGGUUAAGCAGUAUCUUUCGGAGGGUAAUUACGCCCCCGUCUUGGCACUGGAUCAGCUCGCCCAGCAACGCAAAGCGGGACGUGUGUUUCAAGGAUUUCAGGAAGCGGAGAUUAAUUUUAAACCCACAUACAAGUACGAUCCUGGCACCAACAAUUGGGAUUCGAGUGAAAAAUGCAGAGCACCAGCUUGGUGCGAUCGAGUGUUGUGGAAAGGAGACGUGAUCAAGUCGAUCAGCUACAAAAGUUAUCCGGAACUCAAGAUAUCCGAUCACAAACCGGUGACUGCAGGCUUCGAUUCUCAGAUACGAAUAAUAGACAUGGCCAAGUAUCGCAAAAUCCACGAGGAAGUCAUGAAGAAACUGGAUAAAUUGGAAAACGAAUUUUUGCCGCAAGUAAUGGUCGACACCACAGAUAUUAUCUUUGAUAUUUUGAAGUUUCUCGAACCUAGCAGUAAAGAACUCAUUAUUGCUAACACAGGCCAGGUUCCGGUGCAAUUUGAGUUUAUAAAAAAAUUAGAUGACACAAACUACUGCAAGGAUUGGUUGCAUAUCGAACCCUACACAGGCUUUAUAAAGCCAGGUGAAAAGUGUGAUAUUAAGUUGGAGGUGUACGUAGAUAAGAAAACUGCUUGCAAGCUGAACUCCGGUGAAGAUAAAUUAUAUGAUAUUUUAGUGUUGCAUCUCGAGGGAGGCAAGGACAUCUUUAUCACUGUGACAGGUAUGUACGAGAGAAGCUGUUUCGGUUCUUCUAUGGAAGCAUUAGUUCAUAUUUCAGUGCCGAUUAGAGAAAUUCCUAUUGGACGACUAGUAGAAUUGGAGAACAACAAAAAUCUGUCGCAAGAACCGUACGCAGUGCCGAAAGAAGUAUGGCACUUAAUCGACAAGCUGUAUCGACACGGCAUCAAGACUCCAGGACUGUUCGAAACACCGGGUCUCCAUAGCGAGAUAGUAGCUAUUCGAGAUUGGUUGGACGAGUGCAGUCAGGAACCGAUGCCUGGUGGUAUACAUUCGGUGGCGGAGGCAUUGCUGCUGCUUUUAGAGUCCACAGCUGAACCUUUGAUACCGUAUAAUCUACAUAACGUUUGCUUAUCUGCGGCAACUAAUUAUUUGCAAUGCAAACAAAUCGUAAUGCAGUUACCUGAAAUUAGGAGAACAGUCUUUCUUUAUAUCAGUUCAUUCUUGCAAGAGUUAUUAAAUCAUGCGCAAGAUAAUGAGCUCGAUGCUAAAACGCUCGCGACGUUAUUCGGAUCAAUAUUUUUACGAGAUCCGCCGAGGAGCAGAGACGAUCAUCAUCAGAGGAGUCGCGCGACUCAAAUUACAUUCGAUAAGAAGAAAGCUGCGUUUGUUUAUCAUUUCUUAGUCAAUGAUCAAAGUGAUUUUUUUAUACUUGGUCGAUAAUGCAUAAGUGUUAACCAGAAGCAGUGUUAACGAAAUAUUACGAAAUAUAACGAGACACCAAUUACAUUUCUUAGAGCUUUGAAAUAGAGAAAAGCUGAACACACCAAAUCGGUUAGAUGGCAAUUACUCUUUUAUAAAAUAUAAGGAAGUCGAAUGUGUAGUUCUGUUAAUUGUCCCGACCGGAGCACUAUUUUGACAAUUGCAUAUAAGUAAUUAGAUAGGCACAUAUUAGAGACAAGAAUUUCGAGAUUAUAAGUGUAUUCUUGAAAAAUUAUUUAUUACACGCGCACGAUUUUAUUAGAAAUUAUUUUACUAAUAGCCAUUUUUUAUGCUA